UGGCCCAUCUUCCACCACUCUACUAUACUAGUUUGUGUGUUUCUGACGCGAAGGGGUGCGAUAGGCCAGGAUUGCUUUUAUACUUGUUAAUCCUAGGAAGUGAUAUACGUCAGCAGCAUAUGAUGUUGCGCAUGCAUCGCUCUUAAGGAUAAAUUAUGAAGAAGCCUUUCAAAUGUAAUAGCGUCUAAUGUCGAUGCUUCGCUAAAAGGAAAUGUCUUUUUCUCCAAGGGAUAUCUUCGAUCGGAUACAUCAAUUUAUAAUAUGCGGCGUUUUUGUAGCCGGGGUCGUUAGCGAUAACAAGAGCUGGCUAUAGUUCAUGCAUAAUUGACCAGCAGGGAAUACAGAUUACAGUCGCUUCAAAGCCCGACAGCGAGAAGAUUGAAUUAUGGCGGUUAUAUUGGACCGCCCAGGUUUCGAUCAAAAAGUUUUGAAGUAGAAUAGUUACUUGCGGUCAGUGACUUUUAAAAAGGUAAACUGUUGCAGCGAAAUGUGUUUACCUGUAGCGGAUGAUGUACGUAGUUAAUACGCGUCAUAUUCUGUAAGCUGCGCAGCAGUUAACCUUAUCGUGUGUGUAGAAAUGCGUAACUAUAUGACGAUACGAGAUAGGGAGACGUCAUGUAGCCUUUUGUGUUUGUUUGCGUGAUAUGAAUGGUUCUUUCUUAGAAUAGAAGAGAAGCGGUGCUGCAACUGUAAGUAAUGACAGUUAUUGUAUGAGCGUUAUGCAUGCAGCUAGCUUGGGGUCGUGUAAAUAUGACUCUUUGCGUCAAACGUUCUGUUGUGAUUCAGUGCGCAAUAAUUUAAUUUGAUGCGUUAAUACGUAGUUUACGCAACUGUGAUUCAGAGGGUACAUUUGAAUGUAAAUUUAAUUUGUUUUGGUGAUGGAGCCGGCGCUAAUGGAUGUAUUUGCAUUUGCGGGCUAGGAACACAAAACAGUGGGAGAUAAUGGUUAAGGUUUAAAUGCUUAUCAAUUGUGGUGGAUUGAAUCUUUUAAUAAGUGGUAGCGUCGGCGUUUGUUUUCAUUAUUUGCGGGUAGAUACAGCAUGCCGCGUGCAAAGCCAAGGGAAAAACAAUGUGGCCUUUAGGGUAGAAAUGCCACACCAUGCUUUUUAGAAAUUAUAAUUGUCAGACAGUUGUAGGUACAGCUGUGCUAUGUUAUCACUUGGAAAAUGUUAAAUACUAAAUGUUUAAAUUCUGGUUUACACCGGUUGGAAAUGUAUUUAUAGGUCAGAAAAGUAAAACUUACACAAAACAAGAGCAAAACUAAAUACAAUUCAUUUUUCUAAACUUCUACCCUGGCUUAACUCUUCAAUUAUUUUUUAACCUACAGGCUAUUUAGUUAGGCUGUUGAAGGUUUUUCAUAUCUAAGAAUUAUUUAACAAUGGAUUUAAUGAAUACUGUUUAACUAAGAUGAACUUUUCGGAGACGAACGUUUCUUUUUCACCCAGUACCGCCAAAGGCACGACCGUAUGGGUGGUGUCGCAAAUCAUCGUAACCUCAUGUACGGUUAUCGACUUUUAUAUUUUAAUAUGCCUGGUGCAGUUCUGGAAGGGGAACAGUCAAGUAUUUAAGUGUUGCAAAAAGCCGCACUCUACUCUUUUCCGCGGGCGAGCAUGGAUCAGAGGCAGCAACUGUAGCGACAGGGUAGGGGGGCGAAGUGAGUCAAAUGAACGGAAAUACCGAAUCUGGAUGAUUCGUCUUGCUAUCUCAUCUGUCGUCGUCGCGCUUUUAAAGUUCCUAACUGACCAAAUAAAGUUCUUUGCAGCGUGGGAUGCGAGGUCCGAUGUGCUUUGCGAGGUGGCGAACGACGUUACAGAAGUAGCGUUGUUCGGUAUGUCAACUCUAUUUGUGUAUGCCUUCCUAUGGGUACGGCAAUGGAUGUUUUAUCACAACCCAGCGGUAAGAAGUCUACUCUACACAAAACACCUGAUCCGAUUCAGCCGUCUAAUGCCGUUGAUAAUUUUAGUUCUCUCUGGAGUGUUGCUCAUAUUCCAUUUCCUACCGUGGAGGUACCGCGCUGACAAAAACACAGGGCCUAACUACUUAGGCUGCGUGGCGGUUUACAGCAUUAAGAACCCGGAUGAAGCUUGGCCAAUUCUACUGUAUAUUGCUAUUACAUCAGUGGUGCAAAUAUCCCUGCUUGUCCUUUUCUUGUACCCUCUUAUACAAAGGAAAUACGACAUGUGGAAGAAUCUGAGGACCACCAGACAUACGAGGUUAAGCUCGUCCAUUAGCAGCAGUUUCGGUGCCCACCAUGCACAGGGCAACUCACACGCCCACCCAUCUCAUUACACAAUGCAAACAGAAGUGGUAAAUACAAGUUCAGAACCAAAUCCAAAUGCCGAAUUGCCAAAGAACAACAACGUAACGACUACGGAAGCGGAGACUGGGGAAACUACUACAAAUCAACAACAAACAAAGGGAAGAUGCCUUCACAAGUUAUGCACCUUUAUAAAAAGGGAGAACACGCCAAGACCCAGUGACUGUGACCGUCCACGUCCCCCCUCUCGCAACCCGAGGGUGAUCGAGUCCGUUCAGAGAGCCGUGAUCUGGACAGGGCUUUGUAUCCUCAGCGACACUGCUCUUGUUGCGGUAUCAGUAAAUAUGGGUCCAGGUACCGCGUUGGUGCUUAUCUCAAGCUUGAGCAGCGUGAACGUACUUUUUAACCAGUUUUGUAUCAUCGCUAGCUAUCGGAGGUGGCGGGAAAUUAUACUACCAAGGUGCUGGAUACCGGUCGAGAAACGGCGAAGGCUUGGGCACCUUUACGAAUCUACACUGACUAUAACAGCAGCACGGAACGUAUUACAAACUAAUGACACGCAAUACGACCAAAACGGGUCGGGCAGAUCGAAACAGUCGGUGAGUGGACCGUCUCGUAUUAACACCCGAAUAACGCGAAAAUUCCGUAAGUUCUCCGCUGCUGUUGGCGUAUCUAAAACCUCUGUAUCUGCGGCAGAAAACCGGCGUACCAGUUCAUUUUAGCAUGUGGCGAUUUUUAGUUGUUUUUAAGAUUGUUUUCAUAGUUCAUAAGCAUAACGCUUUGAUUAUCAUGACCAUAGGCGUCUAAAUAAAACAUGAAGUGGAAAAUA